UCUGUCUGUCUGUCUUUCUUUCUUUCUUUCUUUCUUUCUUUCUUUCUUUCUUUCUUUCUUUCUUUCUUUCUUUCUUUCUUUCUUUCUUUCAUCUAUCAUCUCUCUCUCUCUCUCUCUCUCUCUCUCUCUCUCCAUCCAUGAUUAGGGUCUUUCCAGAUGGUUGUUUAACCAUGAAAUACUGAUUAAAUCAAUCAAAUCAAUCAAUCAAUCACCCAGAUCUUAGCACUAUGUUGUUGUUUAGUCGUGUCCGACUCUUCGUGACCCCAUGGACCAGAGCACGCCAGGCACUCCUGUCUUCCACUGCCUCCUGCAGUUUGGCCAGACUCAUGUUGGUGGCUUUGAGAGCACUGUCCAGCCAUCUCGUCCUCUGUCGUCCCCUUCUCCUAGUGCCCUCCAUCUUUCCCAACAUCAGGGUCUUUUCCAAGGAUUCUUCUCUUCUCAUGAGGUGGCCAAAGUAUUGGAGCCUCAGCUUCACGAUCUGUCCUUCCAGGGAGCACUCAGGGCUGAUUUCCUUAAGAAUGGAUAGGUUUGAUCUUCUUGCAGUCCAUGGGACUCUCAAGAGUCUCCUCCAGCACCAUAAUUCAAAAGCAUCAAUUCUUCAGCGAUUAGCUUUCUUUAUGGUCCAGCUCUCACUUCCAUACAUCACUACUGUACUGGGCAAAACCAGCACUAUAGCACUAUACUUGCUCUAAAACAAUGUUAAGUUGCAUAAAAAAGGAGAAGAAGCCUUGCUGCAGAGGAAUAACCUUGUCCUAUUUCCCAUGUUUGCAAGUUUACAAAAAUGAUUAGUACAGAUGUGCAUUCCUUUAUGAGAGAGUGGGGAGCAGCACACAGCCUUCAAAGAACUCAAAAGAAAAGAAAAGAAAAGAAGAGAGAGAGAUGGAGGAGGAGUCACAACCUCGGUGCAGUUCUGAGGGAAGAGGUUAGCACUGCUAUCCCUUUUGAAAGUGUAGCGAGGAGCAUAGCCUAGAAAGCCAUUUUUAAAAAGGAUUUUAUUAUUAUUGAUGGUGGUGGUGGUGCACAACUGUUCCCUCAUUUCAUGUGAUACCCCAGGCAUAUCUAACCAGUGUCUCCGGCAUGCAGCCACAUUCUACGGAGCAUUCAAAAUUGCAGUUAGGUUUUCAUGGGGAAAACAGCUUAAUUUUGCUACAGUAAGCAAUUACCACUUUUCACAGAAGUAAAACUAUUUCACACCAAGUUUUAUCUUCCGGAAAUACAUGUGGCACCGGAUCCAGAAGUAACAACUUCACAAUUUAUAUGCAUCAAUUGGAAAACACCAUUGGGAAGCACCAUGAAGCUAUACAGGCUGCUUCUCUCUCGCUAGAUAUUUUCCAAAAUCUGCACGUUCAGCUCUGUAGAUGGCAUGUCUUUCCACCCAAGCCUGAUCUUCCAUGUAGAGUAACGGCCUCUUGGGUAAUGAAUCCUCAUGUCGAGUUCUCCUAACCUCUUGUGGACAUGCAGAUCUUGCCAUAUCUGGUUCAACUUCCAGAUGAUGAUACCACCAGAGUAUUAAAACACCAUAUGCCUUCACCAUCUAUUUUGCUGUUGCUGUCCUUUAUCAUUGCUGUCGGUGCAAAACUGCCAAAAGUCUUUCCCUCUGUUGAAUAUGAAGGCAGUACUCUGCAUUAUUUGCAAUCUGCAUUGCGCUACAACACACAAGGGGCUCAUUGCUGCUCAGACAUAUAGCUUAUCCUUGCCCAUUUCCCCCACCCUGAGCCGUGUAGAUAGACAAUGGUCUGGAAGGACCACAGGGUUGAUCCAAGUCUGAUAAUGGCUUUGGUCCUGAUAUUAUUAUUAUUAUUAUUAUUAUUAUUAUUAUUAUUAUUAUUAUUAUGGCAGCACCAUCGCAUGCAGUCACUGCAUCUGGCACAAUUUUGCUAAUGAGUGAAGAUAACCUUGAGGGUAGUUUUUGAGUUUGGUUGACAUGUAAAAUAUUUGGAAAGUGCGUGGAGGGGUGGGUUAUGUGCACAAAUGGGCUGGAUCAUGCUUAGGGUUACUGGUAUGCUUCAGCAUCAGGUUACAUCAGGUUACCAUGACCCCGCAAGCCAGAGUUCCUCUUACUGGAGGAACGGUUGAUGCCUCAUUUUCAUGCACACAAUUGAUUUCAUCGAAUGGGCAUGGCUCAUCUGACCGUCCCUUAAGGACCAUUAUUCUUCUUCCAUCAAUGAUACUCUGUGAGAUGGGUGUGUCCCCUCCAUGGCUCCGAAAGGCAUUCUAAUAAAAAGAUAAAUUUCCUCCUAGCGAUCUUGGGCUUUGGGUGUUCCUUAUUCUGGGAAGGGAUUUAAAGCUGUCUGCCAGACCCGUGGGCUGUUAAAACAAGACAGUGCCACAAUGCUGAGCUCAGGCCUGCAAAUUCCCCCCCUCUUCCUCCUCCUCCUCCUCCUCCUGUUGCUCACAGCGAUGGAGCUCGGCUGCUCUUUUACAGAUGAGGACAAGAAGUUACUUGUGGACCUGCACAAUCAGUAUCGUGCUAAGGUUUCCCCUCCAGCCGCAGAUAUGCUGAAAAUGAGCUGGGAUCCAGAGCUAGAAGCCUUUGCCAAGGACUACGCAACAAAAUGCACCUGGGAACACAAUGCGGCGCGCGGACGGCGAGGCGAGAACCUCUUUGCCAUGUCUGGCGACCUGGAUGUGAAGAUGGCGGUGGAUGAGUGGUACAACGAGUACGCCUUUUAUAAUAUGACAACAUUAACCUGCCAAGAAGGGCAGAUGUGUGGUCACUAUACACAGGUGGUCUGGGCAACUAGUGAGCGUGUGGGCUGUGGGACGGUGUUCUGCAAAACCCUGGAAUCCCUGAAUGACACCGACAUGCAUUUGGUAGUCUGCAACUAUGAGCCACCGGGGAACGUAAAGGGACGCAAACCGUACAAGGAAGGGGCUCCAUGUUCCAUGUGCCCAGAUGGCUAUUCCUGUAAGGACUCUCUCUGUGAAUCUGAUGUCGACAUGGGAGACGCCACCGCAUCUCCUAAGCUGGAGCCAACAGGUGUCUUGACUGCAAGCCCAGCUCUGGAAACCACACCAGAUUCAGCACCUGAUACGCCAGACAGUCCCCAAACAGGAGCAGAAUCUGACUCUCCAACAGCUGAAGGGCCAACCUCUUCGCUAGAGCUAACUUCAGACUUGUCAAACUCAGAUGCAACUGUUUCCUCUUUGGUGACAAUGGGAGUUACAACUCUUCGUCCUGCCUCCCCAGAAUCAAGAACUGAAAAAGCCACUUCCUCAGGAUUCCCUUCGUCUGGUGGCUUAGCCACACCUGAAGCCACCAUUAAAAAACCUGAGCCACCUUCAACUCUCCCCACACCAGUGCAAUCUACCCGAAAGGUACCCUUGGUCCCUAAACCUGCAUCCACCCCUAAACCUCCAUCGACAGCUAAACCUCCCUCCAUGCCCAAACCCCUUUCAGCCCAUAAGCAUCCCUUCUUCUCCAAGCUACCCGUCCCAAAGAAGCCUCCCGUCUCAAAAACACCUGCACGCCAUCGCUUGGCAGCUUACUCCAAAGCAAUAAACAAGCACAGCAAUGCUGCUCAGGCCUCUGCAGAUAAGGUACCUGUUCACAACACUGCAGGUAAGGCAGCUUCAAUCUCUGUCUGCCUGCCUUGCCUUGGGUGCAAACAGAUUAGCCACCCUGAAGAAAUAAAGACUGCGCUUAAAGAGCUGACUUCCAGGUACCCCUAUGCUCCGUGCUUCCCCCCGCUUCCCCGGCGGCAGAGGCAUAGCAAUUGGGGCAAUGCACUUAGGAAGGCCGGGCCUUAUUGGCUCAACAGUUUAUAGCAGUAUUUGAUCCAACAUAUUUAUAGGUGUGCAUGCAUGCCUAUGUCUGUUCAUGAGCAUGCCUGCCCAUUUCCCUUUCUGCCCUUUUAGUGAGUUUGCCAGUCUGCUGGGAAUAGCACUGUAGCAUGGCCAGUGGCUGAAAAUUCUGUAGAUGGUGGUGCAAAUCUUGCCCAAGCAAUAAUGCUCUUGGGAGGUUGCAGUUUAUUUCCACAACCCCCUGUUUUCACCCUUUCAGGAAUGUGGAGCACGUCUGAUUUCUUUCCCUACUUUCCCUCUCUUUAAGCUUUGCUAGGGUCAAGCAUGGCAUACUGUCAUGAAACCUCAUUCCACUCAAUGACUCGCCUGUGAUCAUCCUCCCUCUUGUCUGUGCUCUGUGCACCACAAAUGGGGGCCCUAUUUAUUUGCAGGACUGUGCCUGGAAGUCAUUCCCAGGCUUCCUAUUCUGCUUGUGAAUUGGUGACAAGGUGUCUGCAUUCUCCACUGUCAACCCAUUCUUUACCCCAAAAUGCUGAUAAAAACCUGGAUCUUGAAAACCCGGAUAAUGUAAAAACAA